CACAGUCGGACGAUCAUAUCCACAACGUCUCUCUCACUUAAACCAAAACGUCGAGCCAAUCACGUCUUCACUUUACCCCCAAAUAUUCCCUUUCGGAAAAUGGCUUCUCACCAUCACUACCACCACCCCUGCCCUACGGCCGCCGCCUCCACCACCAUCUGUUACUGCCACUCUUGUCACCCCACCCCCACCCCAUACCCUCAACACCCUCACCCUCCACCACCAAAUCCACACUCCACUCCUCCUUAUACCCACUACCCCGCACCCCCACCCCAUACCCCUCACUUCUAUGCUUCCCAUCCAACCCCACCACCCACCUACAACCCCCAUACCCAAUGCCAAUGUGAACCCACUCACCAUUUUCAAGAAUCCAAUCAUCACUAUUUUCAAGAAUCCAAUAAAUUACCUGACCAACAAACUGACCGCAUUGUCACGUCACUUCUCCGUCGGAUCGCCGCCCUAGAAUCUUCCCUGUCCGUCCGGCGGAGCUCCUCCUCCUCUUCUCGUCAAACCCUACGCGAUGCGGCGGCGCGUACUAUUCAAGCGCACUUCAGAGCAUUCCUUGCUCGUAGAUCGAGAACCCUACGCCAACUAAAACAACUGGCUUCCAUCAAAACAACUCUCAAUAUUCUUAAAUCUUCUGUUUCUGCUAAAACCCAUUUUCAUACUCACACUGUUUCUCGCAGAGCUAUGGAUUUACUUGUUAAGCUUGGCUCGAUUCAGGGCGAUGAUCAAUUAAUUAGAGAUGGUAAAAGGUCAAUAAGCAAGGAACUGACUCGAUUUAUGAAGGCAAUUAAUGGGGUUACGGUAAUUUCAAGGAGAAUAGUGAAAAAUGUGAGAAAUGACAAUAAAGCUAGAGCUUUUUCCAGUGAUCCCGAGAUGGAAAUUGGCACGAAGAAUCGCAACGAAGCGAUUGAUAAAUUUGUUGCAUCUGUAAAUGAAUCUGAAGAGGAAGAGGAAGAGGAGGAGCACCAAAAGCCUAGAUUUUCUGAGGUCAGAAAAUCUGGGGUUUUAAGAGGUAGGGAUGAAGGUGGGCUUAAACCCAAACAUAAGAAAUCUGUGAGCUUUGCAGAGAAUGUGAAUCGGCAAGAAUCAUAUGAUGCUGAGUUAGAGCUGAUGAGAAACCUUAGCAAAAGAGUUGAAAAAAUCGGAAUUUUAUCCAAAGAUGAUGCCGAAGUUGAUGAGGAAGAAGAUGGAGGAGGGUCUAGUGGGAGUAGUGAUGAUGAAAUAAUGGAUCCAGAUUGUAUUUCAAGAAAAGAUAAUGGUCCUUAUGAAAGGAGGAAUGUGAGAGAUGAGAAUGAGAAUGCGAAUGAAAAUGAAACUGAGAGUUUCCUGUUCUCAGCACCAUUGCCUGUGAAAAUGGAAGGUAGAGCUGCUGAUUAUAUCAGCAGGAAAAAGGGUGUCAAAAUAGUUGACAAUUGAGUAGUAGGUUCCCAACUUGUUCUCCCUGCAGGAUUUGUUGAGCAUUGACGAUUAGGUGGUUUGAUUUUGAUGACUACUGUUAGGUUUGAUUAUGGAAAGUUCAUGUAUUUUGACAAUUGAAUAGUAGGUUCCCCACAAGAUGUCAAGAUUUGAACUUUGCUCUACUGUAGGAUUUGUUGAGUAUUGACAAUUAGGUGGAAGUUAGACUUCUGCAUUUCUUGGGAAUUAUUUGUAAUUGUUAGUUAUGAUUUGUCUAGAUGAGUACUUUUAGGUUUGAUAUGAAGAGUUCAAAUGUUUUGUAGUAUCUAAUUUUGGAUGUUUUCUUCUCUGCCAUUGUGGUAUGAAUGGGAGAUCUUUUCGGUGUGUAAUAGCCUCAUUCUGAAGUCUUUAAUGAUGAUUGUUGAAGAGGUCACAUGCUAUCCAACAGGUGGCUAUUUCUUGGAGAGCUGGUGUCAUUGUAACAUAUGAAAUAAAUCAAACUUCUGAGCAAA